AUGAAGAGAGAUUCAUCCCUUCGUAUUAUACUGGUCUCUAUCUCCAUUUUAGCAUGGCUAUCGCCUUGUGAUGGCAAUAUCCCUGCUGGGAAUUGCUCAGAGUCUGACAGAGAAGCUCUAAUUGAGUUCAAAAAUGGCCUUCAAGAUCCUGAUAAUCACCUAUCCUCAUGGCAAGGUAGCAAUUGUUGCCGGUGGCGAGGAAUAGUCUGCGAUGAGAGGACCGGAGGGGUAAUAAGCAUUGAUCUUCACGGCUCAUAUGGACCAAACUCUGGUGCCUACGGUUAUUGGAAACUGAGUGGAGAAAUUAGACCUUCAUUAGCGCGACUCAAGUCUUUGAGAUACUUGGACUUGAGCUCAAAUAAAUUUGAUGGCAUUCCACUUCCUGAAUUUGUCGGUUCUUUGGAGAACCUGUGGUACCUGAACCUGUCACAUGCCGGGUUUAGUGGUGCAAUUCCUCCAAAUCUAGGAAAUUCUUCAAAUUUGCAGUAUCUUGAUCUUUCUUCUGACUUUUCUGGCUUAAGUGCUAAUAAUCUCGGGUGGAUCUCUGGUCUUGGUUCUCUGAAAUAUCUUGCACUUGAUGGAGUGGACCUUUCAAUGGUCAGUUCCGAAUGGAUCAAUGUAUUAAACGGGUUCCCGUCGUUGUCUGGGUUGCAUCUGUCCAAUUGUGGCCUAUCUGGUUUGAUAUCAUCACCUGGUUUGGUGAACUUCACUUCACUGGCUGUUCUGGACCUCAGUUUCAACAUCUUCGAUUCAAAGUUCCCUCAAUGGCUCGUGAAUGUAAGCAGCCUUGUUAGUGUUGACAUGAGUUACAGUGGUCUAUAUGGAAGGAUCCCUCUUGGACUAGGCGAGCUACCACAUUUGCAAAUCCUAAUUUUAUCUGGAAACAAAAAUCUCUCAGCCAGUUGCACUCAGUAUUUCCAAGGAUCAUGGAAAAGGAUAGAAGUUGUGGAUUUGGCUGCUAACAAAAUACACGGGAGACUUCCCACUUCCCUUGGGAAAAUGACCACUCUCACUAAUUUUGACCUUUCUGACAAUCUGGUCAGGGGAGGAAUACCGAGCUCCAUUGGUUCACUUUGCAGUUUAGUUAAUUUUGAUUUAUCCAUCAAUAACUUGACAGGUAGCUUGCCGCAAAUCUUCCAGAGGGGAUCUGAAACUUGUGAUUCCCAGAGUUCCCUGCCUAAUUUGAGGUACUUGACAUUGAGCAACAAUCGGCUAAGUGGUUAUCUGCCAAGUUGGUUGGGCCAACUUAAGAACCUUGAGGAACUUAACCUCGACUAUAACGUUCUUGAAGGGCCGAUUCCUUCUUCUCUUGGGACUCUGAAGAACCUCACCAGUCUGGGCCUUGGUGGGAACCAAUUGAACGGGACUCUUCCCGUUGAACUGGGACAGCUUUCUGAGUUGGACGGUUUCGAUGUGUCUUUCAAUCAUUUGUCGGGUAUACUAUCCGAAGAACACUUUGCAAGUCUACGCAAAAUGAAGAUCUUAGAUCUCUCGUCCAACUCUUUCACUUUAAAUGUCAGUGCCAAUUGGAUGCCCCCGUUCCAAGCCCGGAAUCUUGGCAUGGGAUCGUGCCAGAUUGGUCCGUCUUUCCCUGCCUGGCUUAGAUAUCAAAAUGAGAUCAUGUAUCUUGGUUUUUCAAAUGCCAGCAUUUCGGGGCCUGUGCCAAGCUGGUUUUGGGAUAUUUCUUCCAAUCUCUCUCUCCUAAACAUGUCUCUAAAUCAGUUGCAGGGCCAAUUACCUAAUCCAUUGCCAAUAGCUCCUUUUGCAGAUGUUGAUCUCAGCUCUAACCUUUUUCAGGGACCGUUCCCUCUUCCCAUUUCUGAGGUUGAAUUAUUAGACCUCUCUAACAACCAAUUUGCAGGUGGCAUUCCGCAAAAUUUAAGCAAAUACAUGCCAAAUUUGAUCUUCCUCUCCCUUUCAUCUAACGAAAUAACAGGUCGGCUCCCAGAAUCUAUAGGAGAAAUGCAAUUGCUUGAGGUGAUCGACUUGGCAAACAACAAUUUGAGUGGAAGCAUUCCUGCAAGCAUAGGGAACUGCUUGUUCCUAAAGGUACUAGACCUGCAAAAUAAUUCUCUAUCGGGGUUGAUACCUGCAUCUUUGGGCCAAUUACAACAGCUUCAGUCACUGCACCUGAGCAACAAUAAGCUUUCAGGAGACCUUCCAUCUUCAUUCAAGAACCUGUCGAGCUUAGAAACACUAGAUCUUGGCAACAACCAAAUGAAUGGCACCAUACCUGCAUGGAUGGCAGAGGGUUUCAUCAAGUUGAGAAUUUUAAGUUUGAGGUCCAAUGCAUUUUCUGGAGAAAUUCCUCACGAGCUCUCAAGUUUAAGUUCAGUGCAAAUGCUGGAUCUUGCAGAAAACAACUUGACAGGUAACAUUCCUACAAGCUUUGGAUAUCUUAAAGCAAUGGUGGAAGGGCAAGCUAGAAACGAGUACCUAUUUUACGGGAAGUACAGAGGCAUGUACUAUGAUGAGAACUUCGUAGUGACCACGAAAAGCCAGCCCCAGCUGUACACCAAGACUCUUUCCCUUGUCACUAGCAUAGACAUCUCCGGAAAUAAUUUAGAUGGAGAACUUCCAGAAGAGAUGACAAAACUGGCUGGAUUGCUCGUUCUGAACUUAUCAAGGAACAGCAUUGGUGGUCAGAUUCCUGAAAGCAUUUCAGGCAUGAGCCAACUGGCAUCGCUUGAUCUUUCAAGCAACAGGUUUUCUGGUGCAAUCCCUCAAAGCAUGUCGUCGCUGUCGUUUUUGAGUUAUCUGAACUUAUCUGAUAAUAACUUCUCAGGCAAGAUUCCUUACACACGACAGAUGACAACAUUCGGCCCUUCUUCAUACUUUGGAAACCCAGGACUUUGCGGUGCUCCCCUUAAUGUCACGUGUCCAGCUGAUGAACCUGACAAACAAGGGACAACCAAGGAUGGUGGCGAUGAUGAUGAGUUCAUCGAUAAGUGGUUUUACUUGAGCGUUGGCCUUGGAUUUGCUGCCGGUAUCUUAGUUCCGGCUGUUGUCUUGCACAUCAAGAAUUCUUGGGCGGAGGCAUACUUUGAUAUUAUAGAUAGAAUUGCCGAAAGGUGGUUGCCCGUUGGAAACAGGAGGGCGAAGCUGCGGAGAAAUAGGCGACGAGGCCGGAGGUAAAUGG